UGAAAUUGUAUCUUGACAUUUUUUUCCACACGUGACACUCCAUCAUUCUUUGCUAUAUCGUUUCUAUUAAUAUUCCAUUUGGGAUCUCUGUUGCUAAAGCUGUCCCAAUCUGUGUAGGGUUCUUUGUGACAAAAGAUGGGACUCUGCUUAAAAAAACAGCAUUAAUGUGCCCUGUCAGAAGUGAUUAGAUAAUAAUGGUUUGUGAAAAUUCCAUUUGGGAUGGUUGAUUGUUUUCCAGGGUGACACUUAUCAGAUGUUUCAGUUUUAUCAUCUCUACUUGUAAAUAUCCUGUGCUCCAAAAAUUGAAUUAAAAACCCCAAAUCCAACACGAGCAGUUUUUAAAAUUACUGUUUUAACCACAAAAAUCAUCCAAUCCAUGAAAAUAACAAAUACAACAUGGAUGGAUGGAUAGAUCUAGAAUUCCUCUCCUUUGUUUACCCUACUGCAAAUAUGUUUGCUUAAGAGCAAUAAGAGUUUAUAGUCAAACUUUGCAAUCCAGAGUUUCACAUAAAAUGUACAACAGACGACCCAGAUGGCAAAUGUUGAUAUGUAAAUCUAAAACAUGAAAAUUUCCACUAGGGGCCAGAUGGUGGCUUAAUGUGAACUGUUUAACAUUUUAUGCUUAUCUUAUUAAAACUGCUUUUAUUAGUCCAAAGCUGCAUAAGUUAGCAGUGUGGUUUGGAAAAGACUCUGGAACAGCAUAUCACUAAAGGAACAAAAAAGCAAACACUGAGCAGAAGACAACAUUUACUGCAGGGACCAUGGAAGAGAAAAGCAGAUCCAUGUCUGAUUGGAAAGGUGGUUCUUCCUCCAUUUAUAGAUAGCUUUUGCCCGAACAAUUAUUUCCUCUGACAUGAUGCAAGAGCUUACUGAACUGAGGAGAGAGAACAAACGGCCACUUGUGAAGACAUGAACUUGGUUGACAUUCUUUGGAGGCAAGAUAUAGACCUUGGGGCAAGACGUGAAGUUUUUGAUUUUAGUCAAAGACAGAAGGAGUAUGAACUCGAAAAGCAGAAGAAACUUGAAAAGGAGAGACAAGAACAGCUCCAAAAAGAGCAAGAGAAAGCUUUACUGGCUCAGCUGCAGCUGGAUGAAGAAACAGGUGAAUUUAUUCCCAUUCAGCCUGCCCAGCACAUUGAGUCAGACAACACAGGCAUGCCAACCAAUUUUUCAAAGACUACACAUAUUUCAAAACCAGAAGCAGAUGCCUUGUCCUUUGAUGACUGCAUGCAGCUUUUGGCAGAAACAUUCUCAUUUGUAGAUGAUAAUGAGGUUUCUUCGGCUGCAUUUCAGGUGCUAGUACCUGCUCAUAUAGAUAGUGACCCAAUCUUCAUUACUUCUAAUCAGACUCAGCCACCUGAAUCAUCAGUCCUUCAAUCUCCUGUCACUGAUGUAGAUAAUAUGGAAAACAUAGAGCAAGUUUGGGAAGAAUUACUGUCCAUUCCAGAACUACAGUGUCUUAACAUUGAAAAUGAUAACCUGGCUGAAGUAACCACUAUUGCAGACCCAGAAACCAAGCCAUCAGAGAUUCACAGUAACUUCUACAACUCGUUACCCAUUACUGUUAAUUGCAAUUCAGAUUUCCUCAACACUUUUGAGGAUUCCUUUUCUAACAUCCUACCACCAGAAGACCUCAGCCAGCUGAGAGUGGCCUCUUUAGAUACCACUUCAUGUUUAAGCUCCAACUUUUCUGAAGAUUUCUACUCCACCUUUGUUGAUCCAAAGGUGAAUGGUGACACAGCAGCACCAAACAUUGUCAACAAGUCAUUUGCUGAAGUUCCAUAUGAACCUAUUGAUAUUUCUGAUUUCUCACUGUGUAAAGCUUUUAAUGGUGACUAUCAGGGAAAUGCACCAGAAUGUAAUGAUUCUGACUCUGGUAUCUCAUUGAAUGCAUAUUCCAGUACUGCAUCCCCUGAACAUUCUGUUGAAUCAUCUGUUUUUGGAGAUGCAGCUUUUGGAUACAGUGAUUCUGAAAUGGAAGAAAUGGAGAGUGCUCCUGGAAGUCUGCAACAGAGCAAUGCUCAAACGUAUUCAUUGCAGUUCCAUGAUCCAGUCCCUCCUUCCCUAGGGCCAAGCACUCAAAAGUCUGAUCUGCAAUGUGUAAACACACCAAAGAGAGAACAACCUGCCAGUCCAGGCCACACCAAAGCUCCAUUUACAAGAGAUAAACCUUCACGCUACCUUGAAGCUCAUUUCACAAGAGAUGAGCAAAGAGCAAAAGCUCUGCAUAUCCCUUUCUCUGUAGAAAAAAUCAUCAACCUUCCUGUGGAUGACUUCAAUGAAAUGAUGUCUAAGGAGCAGUUCAAUGAGGCCCAGCUUGCACUUAUUCGUGAUAUACGCAGGAGAGGCAAGAAUAAAGUGGCUGCUCAAAACUGCCGUAAAAGAAAACUGGAAAACAUCGUGGAACUGGAGCAAGACUUGGGUCAUUUAAAGGAUGAAAAAGAGAAAUUGCUCAAAGAAAAAGGAGAGAAUGACAAAAGCAUCCGUCUAAUGAAAAAGCAGCUUACCAACUUGUAUCUUGAGGUCUUCAGCAUGCUACAUGAUGAAAAUGGAAAGCCUUACUCUCCCAGUGAAUACUCACUGCAGCAAACAAAAGAUGGCAGCAUCUUCCUUGUUCCUAAAAGCAAGAAGCCAGAGACUAAAUUUUGACAGGCAAGGAAGCUAACUGGCUUUGACAGAGCUGGUAUUUUUAUUCUAAUAGCUUUUACUGUGAUGUGAAAUGCAGAAUUGUCAUAUUUUAAAGUGAUUUAUGCAAAUAUAUAUCUAAAGUUAAUAACUAGUAUAUUAAAUACACAAGUUAAACUAUUAGUGCAAUGCAUAUGUAUGCAAAAUGUGUAAUCUCAUUUUUCUAACAGUCAAGAUUUCCUUCUUUAUAGCUCCACUUUGGCUAGUUUCUGUAUGAGUGUAAAUAUUUAAAGACAUCUUAUUUAUAUACUGUUUUAUCUCAUCUGUUAUAUUUUCAUAUAAAUCUAUGAAUAUAUAUAUGAUUUUAGCUGGCUAAAUACAGUUGGUCUUGCAACAAAUUGUAUUCAGACAAAUUUUUAUAAAUAUAAAUUGAAUAAUGUUCACCACUUUUCUUAUAUAUUUUUAUUUGCUUUACAUUUAAAAUAAACUUUAAUUUAGUAUACAA